AACCAAUUGCUGAUGAUAAAACACGUUGUGCUGUAUUUAUUUCAACUAAUAGUGAACAGCAAAAAAUUAAAAUUUUGGUUUUUACUCUAUGAAUUUAUUGUUUUUUUAGAUACUUCGUUACUUUCACCUCUUGCUUAUAGUAUAUCAACACUUGAAUAUGCGUUUGAAAUUAUUCUUGUUCUUUUAACAUUAGCUAGUCUAUCAGAUAUAGCUCGUGUUAAUGAAUUAUAUCCAGCAGUUGAUACAAAAGAUCAAAAUGUUGAUGGUGAAUCGCAAUUACAUGGCUCUGAAUUAAUUAUACUUGAUCGUUAUGCAUGCCGUUUAUCACCUUCGUUUAUAAUGGCAUGGCGUGGUCGUUUAUUAAAUAUAUAUCCAUCAUUAUUACCAACAUUUUGUCAUAGUAGUUUACCAAUUCGUGAUGCAUUACAAGCUGGUGUUCGUAUAACUGGUGUUACGAUUCAUUUUAUUGGUGAAUCCAAUACAGAUAAUGAUGGAUCAAUAAUUGCACAAACAUCUUCAUGUUUAAUGCAAAGUGAGGACAAUUCUUUUUCAUCUCUCAAUGAUUCAUUACCUUGUCCUCGUGAUGAUCCUAUUAUUGAACGUAUUUCAUCAUCACCUACUGAUGCCAUGAUGAUGAAGAAACACAUUUUACAAUCGUCUUCAAAUAAUUUUCAUGAAAUUGAGCUGGAUGACUUGGAUGCUGAUUUUGUUGAUUCACUUGGUCUUAAAUUAAAUCUCAUGUUACCAGUUUAUGUUCAAUGGAAAAAACAAUUUGAUUUUGAAGAUCAUGAAGAAUCGAAUUUUAUUACAUUUAUUCAACAACUUAAAGAUGAAGAAAUUAUAAGUUAUUAUACUGAUCGUAUUAUUAAAGAAGCUGAACAAUGGAAUGAUGAACACGGUUGUGGUGUUAUUGACUUAAUUCGAUAUUCAAUCAUUGAUCGAUUAGAAAGUAAACGACAAUAUCCUAUAACUCCAUUUGAUACUUCACGUCAAAACCAAUGGAUUGAUCAAAUUUGUGAAUCAGUACGUGAUGGUGAAUUAUCUUAUAUGCGUCGUUUAAAAAUAUAUUCUAUCGAUGAUUACUUGAGUGAUUCAAAUGAAAAAGAUCUUCGAAACUCAAUGAAAAUAUUUGAAAAUAAAACAACUGAUGAACAAAUUUUUUUUUAUCAUGGAACUACGGAAAUUCAUGCUCAAUCAAUUGUAACAUGUGGUAUUCGUUUAGUUAAAAGAGGAUCACGUCCAGGUGAUUUUGGAUUCGGAUUCUACACAACAAAUAAUCUCAUUGAAGCUUUAAGACAUGCAGAAGACAGGUCCAUCGCGACUCAUGGUGAACAAAGACCUGCUUGUCUUGUAUUUUCCAUUUCAAAAAAUGAAUUUAAUGCUCAUCAACUUAUUCGUCUUUUAUAUGAAGAAAAAGAAGAAGAAUUUAUUAGAGAGUAA